AUGGCAUUUACUACUGAACAAGAGAUUUUUCAAUUUCAAGGAAGAUUGUUAAAAUUGUCUCAUUCAUCCCUGACUACGAACACACAGAUGGACGUGAAUGUAUUUCUUCCACCCCAAGCAUUGGAAAACUCCACCUCCAAAACUCCAGUUUUAGUCUAUUUAUCUGGAUUGACAUGUACCCCAAAUAAUGCUUCGGAGAAAUCAUUUUUGCAGUACUUUGGUACUAAAUAUGGAUUUGCCGUUGUUUUUCCGGACACUUCACCUAGAGGAGCAGGUAUUGCAGGAGAAGACGAAACAUAUGAUUUUGGUACCGGUGCCGGAUUUUAUGUUGAUGCUACAGAGGAGCCAUGGCUGAAAAAUUACAACAUGUAUUCUUAUGUUCAUAAGGAAUUAUUAACUGAAUUAGCUAAACAGUUUUCUCAGUUAGAUUUCGAAGAUAAAAUUUCGAUUCUUGGUCAUUCCAUGGGAGGAUAUGGAGCCUUAGCAGGUUUUUUGAAGAAUCCUGGUAAAUACAAAUCUGUCUCUGCCUUUGCACCUGUCUCAAAUCCCCUGAGUUGUCCUUGGGGAGAAAAAGCAUUUGGUAACUACCUAGGAAAAGAUAGGCAAGCUUGGUAUGAAUACGACCCAACACAUUUAAUUAAAAGUUAUUCAGACAGAAACCAGCCUGACAUAUUAAUACACCAGGGGUCAAAGGAUGGCUUUUACUACAAGGACCAUCAAUUGCAGCCUGAAAACUUUGUCAAGGCUGCCCAAGAAUCAGGAUAUAAAGGGAAAAUUGAUUUGAGAGUUGUAGAUGGUUAUGAUCAUCUGUACUUCUUUAUCAGUACUUUUGUUGAAGAUCAUGCUAAGCAUCACGCUAAAUACUUGGGAUUAUUAAAUUAG